ACCGGCAGUGCUAUCCGUCCCCUCCUAACGUUCCACUUUCGAGUGGCCGUGAAGUACGGAUUCCACGACGAGGACCGCGGGGAAUGAAAAGAGUCGUGUUUUUUUAUCACUGUAAGGCACUUCUAACCGCGUCAUGAGGUCUAUAUUGAUCACGGGCUGUAACCGAGGACUCGGUUUUGGUUUAGUGAAACAUCUUGUGGAGUCGGUGAAACCGCCGGAUAAGAUUUUCGCGACGUGUCGAACGGUUAACAAAGCUUCGGAAUUACAGGGAUUGGCAGAAAAAUGGAAAAAUAUCCAAAUCCUGCAGUUAGAUGUUAAGGACACACAAAGCUAUGAAAAGGUGGUGGAGGAGGUCUCAAAGGAGGUUGGAGAUGCAGGUUUGAACGUCUUGGUGAACAACGCUGGGAUUGCCACUAAAUUCACUCGUCUUGGACUUGUAAAAGAAGAACAACUGACUGAAUGCUUUCUGGUUAAUACUGUUGCUCCGAUUCUACUGACGAAGGCAUUUUUGCCGCUCCUCAAACAGGCAGCCUCGAAUCAAGAGACUGAAGAGUUGAGCCUCGAACGUGCAGCAGUCAUAAACAUGUCCUCGAUUCUUGGCAGCAUCGGUGAAAAUACUCAGGGUGGAUAUUACGCAUACCGAUGUAGUAAGUCUGCACUGAAUGCGGCAACCAAGUCGAUGAGCGUGGAUUUACAAAGUGACGGAAUUCUUGUGGCGUGUCUUCAUCCCGGCUGGGUGAAAACUGACAUGGGUACAAAAAAUGCACCUAUGGACAUUGACACCAGUAUAAAGGCAAUUCUAUCUACUCUGCAAACGCUCAACAAAAGUCACACCGGAUCCUUCCUUCAGUAUGACGGCAAAACUUUGCCCUGGUAAUCAAUGGUUCAUCUCUGCCAUGAUCAUCAACCACAAGAGGAAUACUUCAUCACUUAAACAAGCGUUCACAGAAAACUUAAGAGGAUAAAGUAGGAUAUAUUAGUCGAACUAUAAAUCGUAAAGACAUAUACCAACACCUAUGAUCAAACCUUUAUUAUCGUUCAGUAAUACAACACUUGCCGAGAUUUACAAGUAUGCGGUAGAAUGGACAAACUUUUUGCACACUUUUAAAAGGUUAGAGUAUAUAACUUAAUGCAAAGUCAAUUUUGCUUGAAUAUUUGAUAAUCGUGUACCUGAAUAAAACUUAAUCAGUCUUCAAUCUCUUAGGCGUUGGCUCGCUGUUCUGCGAAUUUGAGUCUUCGGAGAAACCAAGAUGUGCGGAGAAAUCUGUCAGUCCCUGUGAGUCA